AAAUAUUUGUUUAGUUAAGCGUGGAUAUUCGGCUAAACAAGUGUUGUGGUACAAAUUUGUGUAGCGCAUUUUCAACCAACAUGUUUAAAGGUGUCAAAAUAAAGUCAAGAUUAUUGAUGGGUUUAAAAUCGGCCCAUGCUGAUCUGACAAUUGCUAAAUUUAUACUUUUUUACGGACCGACCUAUGCCGACAGCGAUAUUUUUGCUCUGGAUGACUACAAAUCACUACUGGAAGAUUCAAAUUUCUCAAAAACAAAGAAUACCGUAAUAUAUUUGCAUGGCUACCUAGAAGACGCGGAUAUUGAGAGUGUGCACGUAAUUGUCGAUGCCUAUCUCCAACGGAACGAUGUCAAUCUUAUUGUAUUGGAUUGGGGAGAAUUGGCCAACGGCAAUUACCUUUUCGAUGCUGUCAUCAAUUGUAAACAGCUUGGAUCAGUUCUUGCGAGAACCUUGGUUGCCAUGUUUGAGUUGGGCUUAGAUAUAAACAAACUCCAUUUGGUGGGCCAUUCACUUGGAGGUCAAAUGGCUGGUAUAAUUGGCAGAGAAGUGUACAGACGUAGCGGCAAAAAGAAAAAAGUUCCAAGAAUUUCAGCCCUAGAUCCUGCAUUUCCUUUAUUCUAUGGAUCGUUUUCAAAUCAUUUAAGCAAGCAUGACGCCGAGUUUGUGGACGUAAUUCAUACGGAUGCUUGGAUUUACGGAGCACCUGUAAGCACUGGUACGGCAGAUUUUUGGCCUAACGGUGGUACUACACUACAACCCGGUUGUCCUAGAAGAAAUUAUAAACUACUUACAGAUAACGAUUUAUGCAGUCACCGCAGGUCAUGGUGGUUUUGGGCUGAAAGCGUGAAAAAUGAAUUUUCGGAACAAUUUUUUGCUGUCAAAGCAAUAAACUGGACGGAUUUCAAAAAUGGCAAAUACAUAGAAAAUGAGGAUCACAGAGUUGUCAUGGGUCAUGACUGUCCCACGAACAUAUCUGGUGACUACUAUUUGCAAACUAAUGGCGUGCCACCUUAUGCAAGAGAUCUUGCUGGCGUUACCUAUGUUCAUCCCACAAAACUUACUGGAAAUUGUUACGUCGAAUCUGAGACAGUUACGUCAACAAAAACAUAAAACAUGGAUUGGAUCUCUAGUUAUUAGAAUGUAUUAAUAUUCUCACUUGUAUAUUAAUAUUCCGUACUUAGUUUACACAAAUAUAUAAUAUAACAUAUGGAUGUACUUUUGGGUGGCU